AUGGGAGGUGAUUAUGUUGUCAUAUCGGUCUUACUAUGCUUUUUGUGUAUAACUUUCCACCUCGCCUUUGUUGAAUCGAUAGGCGUAGAUGUCAAUCUCCAGACGAAUGAGAAGAACACCACUCUUUUAAGACCUAAACCUUUCCAUUUUCCUUGGAGAGCUAAUAUCAUGGAUAAAGGAAGCGGCAUUAUUUCUCAUUAUGCAAUGUGGCACACAGAGCCAGGACAAUUCUACGGCCUUCGAGCUGACAUGAGUAUAUGGGCUUCACCAAAUCAAGAAACUUCUCAAGAAUCUGGAGCAUCCUUACAGAUAUAUUGUCAAGAUGGAGGAAACUACAACUUAAUUCAAGUUGGAAUUCAUAUUUCCCCCUCUUUGUACCAUAACAGAGAUAUUCGCUUCUUUACAUAUUGGACCAAGGACUUGAAAUCAAAGGGGUGCUACAACUUGCAGUGCCCAGGAUUUGUUUCUGCAAGUCGAGCUAAUCUGGUGCCUGGACAAGCCAUUGCUCCUCCAUCAAUUUAUGGCGAACAAGACCACUACAUUAGGCUUAGCCUCAACAAAGAUCCAAAUUCCGGAGAUUGGGUGGUGUACUGUCACGAUUUACAAAAGCCAUCAUUCUUGGGACAUUUUCCAAAUAAGCUUUGCCCCGGAACACGACGUAUACAAGCUUGA